AUGUUAACAAGUAUUCUCCUUGUUUUUUGCCUCUUUCACGGUCAUUUAAAUUAUCAUGUUCAAGCAUCGCGUAUAUCCAAUAUUGAACAAGACAGAAGAGAAUUGGGCUUACGAUUUAAACAAGCUAUCACUGAUGUUAUGCAAAAACUUGAUGAUCUUAGUAUUACUUGUCCGCUGGAUAGUUUUUUCUAUAAUGGUUCUUGUUAUUUUUAUUUACCGCCGAAACAAAUUGAUAAUUUGAAAGGAAUUGGACUUGGCGAUGUAUCAGUCGAUGAAGCUACAAAUCGUUGUCGUCUAAUCAAUUCUGAACUUUGGGAUAUAGAAACAGUUAAUGAAUUUGAUUAUGUUCUCAGUCGUAUAUAUGAACAAACUCAAUCAUUUGGCAGUCCUCGAAUUGCUGUUAGUUUUAUCAACGGAAAACGUCUAUUGAAUUUACAACAACGAAUGGGUGAACAACAAUUUAUAUCCGUUGGAAAUACAAAUGAUUACUCAUUAAUAUAUAAACCAGCACCUGAUAUACCACCGGCAAACACAUGUUUAAUUAUUGACAUUAGUAAAGCUACACGACGCGUAUCAUUGGAAGAAAAAUUUCGUUUAGAACAACGCAGUAAUCAUUAUAUUUGUAAAAUGAAAAUUAAUAGUUGCUAUAAUAAUACAGGCUGUGGUCGUCAUGGACAAUGCAAAAAUUUAAUUACUACAUUUACAUGUGUUUGCAAUUUUAUGUAUACUGGAGACUCUUGUAAUGAGCGUAAGUCACAUUUUUGUUCCUACAAAUUUGAGUCGAAGUCAUAG